UGCACCCCUCUGACUCUGGCCUCAUGUGAGCCACAAGCCCAUCCCCCCCCCCGAUUUCCUUUGCAGCUCCAGUGGCUUGGCCUGGGGGGCACUGUACUUAUCGGAUGGUGUUUUUUCCAGGGGUCUGCCCACCAGUUCAUGCAGGAUCGGCAGUGAAGCCAGAGGGAGCCUCUUCCUUUGCUUUCGGCCCAAGGGUUUGAGAGGAGCGCGGACCCAGGGCACUGUUUCAAGCCCUGCUGUGUGGGUGUUGCCCCUUGCCACUGGCCAUUGUUCUGGCAAACCCGUCCCAUAAGUUCUGAAGCAGAAUCUGCUCCCCUCACCCUCCAGGAAGUGAAACUGACUUGGCUGGCUGCAUAAGUGACCAGACUCCCCUACUCCGGCUUCAUUCCCUCCACCAGGGAAGCCAACUCUCCGGACAGAGGAGGGGAGAAGAAACCGUUUCCAAGUCCCUGGGUCUUCCCCACCUGGAGCGAGAGGCAGGGAGGAGUGUGCAUGGAUGUGACUGGCCAGCCCUGAAGAGUCGCACGCUGGUCUCUGAGUUGACAGCCGCGCUCUGGGGCUGCUGCAGGGCGGGGGAGCUGUUGGAUGGAAAUUCUCUCUCCCGGUCAGAAGUCAGGAGCAAUCAGCUCAAGCCCCCCAUCUGUCGGGAGUGGAGGAGUUUUGCUGAGGCUUGGGGCCAUUCCUCUAGACCCUGAUCCUGUUGUCUCCGCCGCUGGGAAAUGGCCAUGGCUGGAGGGUUCCUGGAUCGGGGCCGAGCUUCACGUCGACUCUGGUUGUGAGGGCCGGGGAGAGAGGGAGAUAAAUAAAUGAAGGGAAACGUGAGCCAUGAAGCAGAAAUGACCUGCCCUAACCCCAGCAGGAACAAAGGCGCUAAGAUGUCGCCGCUUCAGAAGCUGGAGAGUCUGGCUGGGCGGCUCUUCUACUGGGGGCCGCGCAGUGAGGCGGGGGCCCCGGCCGGCAGCGGGAUGGGCCAUGUGUCGGAGCACACUGCCGCCUGGAAUGAGCAGAUGAAGGAGUUCCUAGCCAAAGCCAAAGAAGAUUUCCUGAAGAAAUGGGAGAACCCCUCCCAGAACACAGCCAGUUUGGAUCAGUUUGAGCGAAUCAAGACCCUGGGCACAGGCUCAUUUGGGAGGGUGAUGCUGGUGAAGCACAAAGAGACCGGGAAUCACUAUGCCAUGAAGAUCCUGGAUAAACAGAAGGUAGUGAAGCUCAAACAAAUUGAGCACACCCUCAACGAGAAACGGAUCCUCCAGGCCGUCAACUUUCCAUUCCUCGUCAAACUAGAGUAUUCUUUCAAGGAUAACUCCAAUCUGUACCUGGUAAUGGAAUACAUCCCGGGCGGGGAGAUGUUCUCCCACCUACGGCGGAUCGGGAGGUUCAGUGAACCUCACGCCCGGUUCUACGCUGCUCAGAUCGUCCUGACCUUUGAGUAUCUGCACUCGCUGGAUCUCAUCUACCGAGACCUGAAGCCAGAGAAUCUCUUGAUAGACCAGCAGGGUUACAUAGAGGUGACGGAUUUUGGUUUUGCCAAGCGGGUGAAAGGCCGAACCUGGACUCUGUGUGGGACCCCGGAAUACCUGGCCCCCGAGAUCAUCCUCAGCAAGGGUUAUAACAAGGCUGUAGACUGGUGGGCGCUGGGCGUCCUCAUCUACGAGAUGAGCGGCUUGGUUCCCUCCGUUCUUCGCAUGACCAGCCUAUCAAUCUACGAGAAGAUUGUUUCUGGGCAAGGUAUAUGGGCUGGGGUCCGGUUCCCGUCUCACUUCAGCUCAGACCUGAAGGACCUGCUCCGGAACCUGCUGCAGGUGGACCUCACCAAACGCUUUGGCAACCUCAAGAAUGGGGUCAACGACAUUAAGAACCACAAAUGGUUUGCUACCACCGACUGGAUCGCCGUCUACCAGAGGAAGGUGGAAGCUCCCUUUAUACCAAAGUGCAAAGGCCCUGGCGACACGAGUAACUUCGACGACUAUGAGGAGGAGGAGAUCCGGGUCUCGAUCACUGAGAAGUGCGCCAAGGAGUUUGCUGAGUUCUAGGGCCAGCAGCCCCCCCACCGGGAGGGCACGUGCGGAGCAGGUGGGGGCGGGGUUGGAUUUGAUCAGCAGAAAGACCAGAGUUCCUUGCCUGUGUGUUUUAUUUUUGUGGCAGGGGGUAGGGAUUUGCCUGGAUCUGGUUUGGGAGGGGGAAACAGGAGAUCCCUUAUUCUAAACCUGUACUAAGUAAACAAUAGUAGAGAAGGGCAGGAGUCUAAAUUCUCCCAUGUGCACCCCUAAUCCCCCCACUUGCACAUGCUUCCCCCCCGCCAUCACAAGCCUGCAGCCCACCCCAGCAGCUCUCCUCAUCUCUCCCCCCACCCCCCCACCACCUGGGGUUUAAACAGAUUUCCCCACACGCACAUGCUCAGCUCCCACUGGUUACUUUCCAGCCCCUCAUGCUGAUCCGGUUACCCCCACACUGCCUCUCAGUCCACACAUGCUGCACCCCCACCGUCCUGGCCGGCUUUAUUGGUGGCUUUUAGUUGUUGAAGGAGGGGGCGGGGGGCAUAUUUUGCCAUCAAAUUCCCCCCAGAUCUUCAUGGCUAUUUGCAAAGGCUUCUGGGAGCAGGGUAUGGAGCAAAGAUGCCCCAACAUCCACCGACAUGGCAGAUCAAUAUCCUGGCAUCCAGAAUAGCUUUGAAUCCCUCCCGACCCCCUUCCCCCCUGGGGAGAUGAAAUCCCAGCCCCCCGCCCACCAUUCUGGAAAGAGGAAGAAGGAGGGAAAUCUUGUCUCAUUUUAUAAACUUGGGGGUGGGGCUCCUUUAUUUUUUAAUUAAAAAAUGAAUAAGUAAAUUAAACUUUAUUUUCCAUUAGGGAACGCGGAGGGGGAGGGGUAAGAGGUUUUAAAGAUCCAGGCGUGGGGCUGGGCUGGGCUAACUUACCCUGCAUCAGUCUCCGCCAUCCCCAGUGACACCUCCCUUCCCCUCCUCCACGGUGCCAGGAAUUUUAACUCUCCAAGCUUUGAAUGUGUCCAGGUUUUAGCAAGGAAAAAACUGUUUUUUUCAGGUAGAAACUGACAGUAUUUCCCCACCCCCAUGGCUCUGUGUGGGGUGUCUGGUUUGGGGGUAUCAUACACCGGCGGGAGGAGAUCUGGGGGUUGGUUACAGGCUGGAAUGGAGGUGCUGGGAGAGGGAAUCUCCUUGGUGGGUUCUGGAUUUUUAGCUCCCUUUGGAAAUAAAAUGCUGCCUUUUGAA